CUCCAAAAAGAAUCUUUCUCAGAGAGAGAGAGAACUUCGAAAUCGCCAUUUCUAGGGUUUGAGACAAAAAAAAACCCCUCAAGAAUUCGAAAAUAGAUCUACGAAUUCGAGAUUUCUGAUAAAAAUCUAAUCGGGAAUUCGAAAAAUCAUUUGCUUCUACGGCCGUCUUCAGAGCGUCUGACGGAAAGACGGGGAAGCGUCCGACUGUAACAGAUCUCAGAUGAAAUGGGGAUUUCGUUCAAGGUCUCCAAGACCGGGACUCGAUUUCGCCCAAAACCAGCUCAUCUAGAAAUUUCAGCAGACGGAGACUCCGCCGCCGAGAAUUCGAAGGAGAAUUCCCAGGUUCUUCCCCGCAACGAAUCUUCCGGUGUGAAGCGGAAGCUAGAGACUGAUAUCAACAAUGAGGGUGACAACAGUGGUGGUUUCUCAGGUUCUUCGACGUUUGCUGGAGGGCAUCUUGUUUCACCAGAGCAUGAAGUGUCAUUUACAUUGAACGUCUUCCCAAAUGGAUUUACUAUUGGAAAGCCUACUGAGAAGGGGAAGAUUCAGCCUUUGCUUCAAGAUGUCCCAAAGUCGUUGCAUCCAUAUGAUAGGACAUGCGAGACUCUUUUUUCUGCAAUUGAGUCAGGCCGGUUGCCUGGAGAUAUUCUGGAUGAUAUACCUGGCAAGUAUUUUGAUGGGACGAUCGUUUGCGAGGUUCGGGAUUACAGGAAGUGUAUGUCUAAACCAGCAAAUACUGUUUCUUCUGUGGAUGGAUUUCCUAUUGUCAAUAAAGUGCCUCUUCGGAUGUCCUUGGAGAAUGUCGUCAAGGACAUCCCUUCAAUCUCAGAUGAUUCUUGGACUUACAGCGAUCUAAUGGAAGUGGAGUCUCGAAUAUUGAAAGCACUGCAGCCACAACUUUGUCUAGAUCCUACACCGAAGAUGGACAGACUUUGUGGUACACCAGUUCCCAACAAGCUCGAUUUGGGGAUUUAUAGUGGAAGAAGGAAGAGAAUGAGGCAAGCGGCAGAGGUGACUAUUACAUCUAACAAUCAGAUGCAUGGGAAGAAAGUCUCCAUUGACAAGGUACCCGAGAAUGCCAACUGCUAUUCAGGAGAUUCAGGCCCUAUUUCAGCCGAUGCAGCCAUGCACCAAUUCCGUGAGAAUGCAGCGCAAUAUGUUGUCCCAAGUGGCAUGCCAGGUUUAAGACCCAAAAACUUUGGGCAAGAGGGUCCUGGAUCAGCAUUGCUUUUCUCCUCAUCGCAGCCUAGAUUUCAAUCAGGAGUCGGCUACCCAAGAAUCAUUCACGAUCGUGUAUCUGCAUUCCCUGCUAAUGCAUCAACUUUAAACACAAAUAGCAUUUCUGCUUCUGGGGCUGACCUGAUCAACUCGUACACAGACAACAUGAGUUGUGGCAUUUCUUCUCUUCAGGGAAAGCGGGAAAACCAAGAUGGACAGCUAACACCUAUAUCUGGUAUUAAGAGAUCGAAGCAAACACCAAUGGGGGGCCUAGAUAGCCCUCAGCAACAACAAGCAGGCCCUCCCUUGGAUGGCCUCCAAGGAGCAGAUAUGCAUUGGAAAAACCCAAUGUUUCAUCACCAGCAAUCUGAUGCCAGAGGAAACCAAUAUGCAGCAAGUAUUGGUGGCCAAAAGUAUGCCCCGCAGGUGAUGAAUGAUGCCAGACAAGCAAUUCUUCAAGGGGCUCCGAACCAGGAUGCGGCAAUGUCCUUUUAUCUGGAGCCGCAUGGGGUGAUGAGGUAUGUGAAGGAAGAGCGGACUGAUACGGAUCUUCAGAAGAGUAACUCACAGAUGCUGGGACCAGAAAGUAAUCAACUGGACCCACAGCAGCAGCGGCUGCAACGGCAACCCCAACAGCAAUUCAUGAGAUCCCACUUCCCACCGCAGACACAGUGGCAAAAUCUCAGUCAACUUUCAGAGAAGGAUCCUAGGAAGGACGACAUGGCCCAGAAAAGGAAAUCUGUACAGAGCCCCCGGGUAUCAUCAGGGCCUUUGGUACAGUCCCCUGCAUCAUCAAAAUCUGGUGAAAUUUCUAGUGGGUCAUUAGGGCCGCACUUUGGUGCAGUUGCAACAGCUUCCACACUUGGGUCGCAAAAGGAGAAAGCGGCAGGAUUGUCUGGUGCUGCAGCAGUCGGAACUUCUUCUGUAGCUUCCAGCCCUAGUGAUUCCAUGCAACGGCAGCACCAGGCACCAGCGGCUGCAAAACGAAGGUCAAAUUCCCUCCCCAAAACCCAGGCAAUAAGUGGAAUGACUGGAGUUGGAUCUCCUGCAAGCGUCGGCAAUAUGAGUGUUCCAUUGAAUGCAAACAGCCCUUCUGUUGGGACACCUCCAUUGGCUGAUCCAGCUACUCUUGAGAGGUUCUCGAAGAUUGACAUGUUGACCCAGAGAUACCAGCUCAACUGCAAAAAGGGCAAGGUUGCCGAUAAUCAUGUAAAGAAACCCGUAUCAUAUUCGACUCAGCAAUUACACCUCACUACUGCGCUGAACGCAGAUGAUCACAUGGAUGCAACCAGCUUGAAGCUGAUGCCCAGCUUGAAGCCGAUGUCAAAGUCGCUUAUUCACGGGAGCAUGAAUGUCUGUAAGAGCAGAGUCAUGACUUUCAUGCGUGCAGGGCCCAUCCAUCAAGGAAAUCCCAUCUUUGUUGCCAACUCUAAGAACAAAUUAAUCCUGUCAGAGAGGCCUCUUGAUGGCAUGGUAGCAAUGCAGCUUGGAGAUAUAGAUGACAUUGAUUUUACUACUGUUCAGGAACAUGGCCCAAGGCUGCCAAAUACUAAUUAUGCAGACUUGCUUGCUGCUCAGUUUUCUUUACUGAUGGAACGGGAGGGAUAUCAACUGACAGAAGAUCUAACUCGUCCCAUGUCAACAGCUGCUGGCCCAUCUUCUGUUCCUGGUAUCUCUGAUAGUGCUGCAACUGAGCUACAAUACCCAGAAGCCAUUUCAGGUCAGCCGUCUACCUCUGUAGCUCCACCGAACAGCGGCGGUCCACCCUUGAACUCAUCCCAGAAUCUUCAACCUAGCCCACGGAUGCUGCCGCCUGGAAACUCCCAGGCACUGCAGAUGCCGCAGGGGUAUAUGUCCGGUGCUGCGAUGGCUGCUAGGUCACAACAGUUGGACCAGACAACGUCGCUCCAGCAACAGCAAAAUCAACAGUCCCAGAGUCAGCAGCAACAACAGCAGCAGCAUCCUCAGAUGCAGAGAUCAUCUUUGCUACAUCCGUCUCCUCUCUCUCACCUGAAUGCGAUGGGGCAGAAUCCGAACCUGCAAAUGGGCAACCCCAUGAUCAACAAGGCCUCUCCGCUGCAGCUUCAGAUAUUACAGCAGCAGCAGCAGCCACAGCAGCAGCAGCAGCAGCAGCAGAUGCAGAGGAAGAUGAUGAUGGGGCUUGGUGCAGCAACCAUGGGCAUGGGCAACAUGGGCAACAGCAUGGUCGGUCUUGGUGGCUUGAGCAAUGUCGUCGGCAUGGGGGGUGUGAGGGGGAUGGGUUCUGGCAUCUCGUCCCCGAUGGGGGCCAUGUCUGGCCUGGGCAACAUGGGCCAGAGUCCAAUGAACCCGAGCCAGGUGUCCAACAUAAGCAAUGUACUAAGCCAGCACCUACGUGCUGGUACACUGACACCAGCACAAGCGAACUACAUGAAGCUCAGGAUUGCCCAGAACAGGGGCCUGUUGGGUGGCCCACAAUCCGGUAUCACAGGCAUGUCGGGGAACAACCAGAUGCAUGUGCUGGGGCAAACAUUGAACAGGGCUAACAUGAACCCAUUGCAGCAGCGGACGGCUAUGGCAUCCAUGGGCCCCCCGAAAAUCCCCGGGGCAAAUUUUUACAUGAACCAGCAGCAGCAGCAGCAGCAGCAGCAGCAGCAGCAGCUUCAGUUGCAGCAGCAUCAGCAGUUGCAGCAGCAACAGCAACAACAGCUACAGCAGCAGCAGAUGAGCGCUCCGUUACAGCAGCAACAGAUGCAGCAACAACAGAUAGGCUCUCCUCUCCAGCAUCAGCAGGCUGGUUCUCCGUCAGCAAUGGCAAUCCAACAGCAACUGAGCCAGCAGCAGCCACAAAUAAGCCCGCCCCAAGCAGGCCAGCAAAAUCCUCUGAGUCCACAGCAACUGAGCUCAGGGGCAAUGCAGCAGAUGAAUGCUGGCAAUGCGGCUGCAGGCCCUGCUAGCCCCCAGCUGAGCUCGCAGACUCUCGGCUCUGUUGGCAGCAUCUCGAGCUCUCCCAUGGAGCUACAAGGCGUCAACAAGGGCAAUUCCAUUAAUAACGUCUAGACACAAAAAUUGGCUAUGGAAGCCUGCUUGGUGAGAAUAAUCAGACGGUUGUGUUCGCUGCCCGAUAGUUUUUCUACUGGUGGGCCGUUGUUCCAAUAUUCAAUAGAAUGCCAAUGUAUUAUUACUGUUGGUUUCAUUUAUAAUAUUUGAUGAAUGAGAUGUAAUAUAAGUCAAUAUGCAGUUUCUUUAUUUGGUCA